AAAAAGCAUCGCGAGUCUUCGGUGAGACUCUGCUCUAUAAGCCCCUGGAAACGAGCGUUGGAAAUCCCUUUUACGAAGAUGGCGCCGAAAGCUAAGAAGGAAGCCCCUGCCCCUCCCAAAGCCGAAGCCAAAGCAAAGGCUUUGAAAGCCAAGAAAGCGGUGCUGAAAGGCGUCCACAGUCACAAAAAAAAGAAGAUCCGCACAUCACCUACCUUCCGACGACCCAAGACUCUGCGUCUCCGAAGGCAACCCAAAUAUCCUCGAAAGAGCGCCCCCAGGAGAAACAAGCUUGACCACUAUGCCAUCAUCAAGUUCCCCCUGACUACUGAGUCAGCCAUGAAGAAAAUAGAAGACAACAACACACUUGUGUUCAUUGUGGAUGUCAAGGCCAACAAGCACCAGAUCAAACAGGCUGUGAAGAAGCUCUAUGACAUUGAUGUAGCCAAGGUCAACACCUUAAUCAGGCCUGAUGGAGAGAAGAAGGCAUACGUUCGGCUGGCCCCUGACUAUGAUGCUUUGGAUGUUGCCAACAAAGUAAGCUACCUGUGCUAUCAACUCCCCCAUCACCUGGGUCCAAGUGAGGUGCCUGUUAGUGACCAAAACCUGACUUUGGCUGCUUAACUCACUGUAUUCCUA